AUGGCGGCGGCGGCGGCGACCGCGACCGCGACGGCUCCCACAGCGCCUCAGCAGCUCUCGGAUGAGGAGCUGUUCGCGCAGCUGCGGCGUUACGGCUUGUCGCCGGGGCCGGUGACGGAGAGCACGCGGCCGGUGUACCUCAAGAGGCUGAAGAAGCUGCGCGAUGAGGAGCAGCAGCGGCAGCAGCAGCAGCCGCAGCAGCAGCAGCAGCGUCCGGGGGGCCGCGGCGGCAGCAAGCCGCGCCACGGGCACAACAACCCCGCGGGGGGCGACGCCGCCUCGGCUUCGGCUUCGGCCCCGAGCCCGCCCUCGGCGCCCGCGCUCGCGCUGCUGGGCUUCAGCUCGGACGAGUCGGACGCCGACGCCGACGCCGGGCCCGGCGCCUCCCCGGCGUGGUGGGGCGCCCGGGUUGGCGAGGACGCCCGCUGCGCCGCCGGGUCCGGGUCCGAGCCGGAGGAGGAGCCCCGCGGCUGGACGACGACGACGACGCCGCCGCCGCCGCCCCUGCGCGCCGUCAACGGCAGCCGGCCGCCCCCCAGCAGCGGCCGCCGCGACUACUCGGACUCGGAGGAGGAGGGCUCGGAGGACGGCGGCGCCGCGGCGGGCCUCCAGGGCGAGCCCCCCGUCAGCCUGAGCCUCAGCCGGGCCCGGCCCCGUCGGGCUCACGCCAGGCUGCUCGGCCCCGACCCCCCGCGCGCGGCGAUCGCGCCGCCCAGGAGCAGCGACGGGGCGGCGGCGGCGGCGGCGGCGGCCACCACGGCGUUGCUGCUGGAGCGGGGAGUCGCCGCCUGCGAAGCCCUCGACGGCGGCCCCCCGCUGCCCCGCUUUCGGGGCAGCGUCAAGAAGCUGCCCCCCGGCUCGCUGCUGCUCGGGCCCCCCAAGAUCUCAGACACGGACUCUUCCUCCUCCUCCUCUUCUUCGUCCUCCUCCUCCUCGGACCCGGCCCCCCUGGGGAAAAGCAGCAGCAACCACGUCGGCUUGGAGGCACCCCGGAGUUUCGGCAACAGCCUCCUCCCUUCUGCUCCUUCUUCUUCUCCUUCUUCAGGUGUCCUCAGGCUCAACCACGCCAAUCACACGGGGUCCAACCACGCGCACCCCCCCAAAGCCGCCCCCUACGGCCAGCCCAAGCUGGCCGAGCCCGAGGAGGAGCUCCUGCAGCAGUUCAAGCGCGACGAGGUGUCCCCCACCGGGCCCUUCAGCGCCCACUACUUGUCCAUGUUCCUCCUCACGGCCGCCUGCCUCUUCUUCCUGAUCCUGGGGCUGACGUAUCUGGGCAUGCGAGGAGGGACCGGCGUGGCCGACGACGGAGGGCUGGGCAUAAAAAAUCCCUUUGAUGAAACAUUUGGAACAAUAAAAGAAAAUGAAAAAAAUCUAAUGAUGAACACAUUAUACAAGCUUCAUGAUCGAUUGGCACAGCUUGCAGGAGAUCAUGAAUGUGGAAGUUCUAGUCAGAGAACCCUUUCUGUCCAGGAAGCAGCUGCAUAUUUAAAAGAUUUAGGUCCUGAAUAUAAAGAUAUAUUUAACACCUCAUUGCAAUGGAUUUUGGAAAAUGGAAAAGAUGUGGGGAUAAGGUGUGUUGGUAAUGGACCUGAGGAAGAACUGACAAAUAUAACUCACGUGCAAUUUUUGCAAUCCACAAGACCACAGAUGUCUUUCUGGUGUCGUUUCCGACGUGCUUUUAUUACUGUCACCCAUAGGUUGUUAUUAUUAUGUUUAGGUGUAAUAAUGGUUUGUGUCGUUCUGCGUUACAUGAAGUAUCGCUGGACAAAAGAGGAAGAAGAAACAAGACAGAUGUAUGAUAUGGUGGUAAAGAUUAUAGAUGUUUUACGAAGCCAUAAUGAGGCUUGCCAGGAAAAUAAAGAUUUACAACCUUACAUGCCUAUUCCACAUGUUCAAGAUUCCUUAAUACAACCUCCUGACAGGAAGAAAAUGAAGAAAGUCUGGGAUAGAGCUGUUGACUUUCUUGCUGCUAAUGAGUCUAGAGUUCGCACAGAAACACGAAGAAUAGGUGGUGCAGAUUUUCUGGUUUGGCGGUGGAUCCAGCCUUCGGCAUCCUGCGACAAAAUAUUAGUCAUACCCUCUAAAGUAUGGCAAGGCCAAGCAUUUCAUUUAGAUAGAAGAAAUUCACCUCCAAAUAGUUUGACACCAUGCCUAAAGAUUCGAAAUAUGUUCGAUCCAGUUAUGGAAAUAGGAGAUCAGUGGCAUUUAGCAAUUCAAGAAGCAAUUUUAGAAAAAUGCAGUGAUAAUGAUGGCAUUGUUCACAUUGCGGUAGACAAAAAUUCACGUGAGGGUUGUGUAUAUGUUAAAUGUUUAUCUCCAGAAUAUGCUGGAAAAGCUUUUAAGGCAUUACAUGGCUCUUGGUUUGAUGGGAAAUUGGUUACAGUAAAAUAUUUACGGCUAGAUAGAUAUCACCAUCGCUUUCCCCAGGCUCUUACUUGCAACACUCCCUUGAAGCCAUCAAAUAAACAUAUGAACUCUAUGUCUCAUCUUCGUCUUCGGACUGGCCUCGCCAAUUCUCAAGGAGGUUCCUGAAAAGACUUUCUUCUAUUCCUGUAACUGUUAUUUACAAUAGGAAAAUUCCUGUUUGGCUUCUUGUCUUCCUUUUAAAAUGAUUUUUGUAUGUAAUAUUUUUUAUUGAAUAAAGCUCUGUAUAAAUGUUCCAGAAAUCUUAAGGUUCCAACGGGACUUAGCAGUGAGGCAGCAAUGCUGAGUAGAUAGAAUAAUUUCACUCAACUCUUGGAGCUCAGUUUAGCCAAUGCAUUUAAAGUUUUGCAUGAGGAACAUUGACUUUAUUAAGCAUUUUCAGAUGUGGUGAUUGUAUUUUUGCACCAAGAAAUGUUUGGGUUACUGCACAAAAGCAUGGUGAAGAGGCUUCUUGUUAUUUCCUUCAGUUCUUGUGAACUAAUGUUGUGAAUUUUUGUAUACAGUCACCUGCAUAGUUCCUUACAGGCUAAUGUGAUAAAACUGUUCAUUUCCCAAUUUAACCUUAGAUUUCUAUUGCUUGUAAGAGAUUUAUUUGCUACAUCUGGAAUAUGGGGAACUUAAUUUGGGUUUAGUGGUUACAUAUAAGUGGAUGUAUAUGUACUUAAACUGGCUUUUGUAUAUAUGUAUAAAUGCUGGUGGCGAAAGUAGUCUUGUUUGGAGGAUGUCUGCAAUAUAGCAGUAAAAUAAGCUUAUUUUAUUCCUAAUCUAAUGUAUAUAUGUAUGUGUAUAUGUAUAUAUGUGUAUGUAUAUUAUAUGUGUAUGUGUAUAUGUUUAUGUACACACACAUAUAUACAUUGGCUGUACUGUCACAUAGAUCAAACAGCCAAACACCUGAAGUAUUAAAUACAAGCUUAAAGUAUCUUUUAUAGGUUUUAUAUGAAAAUAACUGAGUAUGACAGUGUGGAAGUUCUGAUAUCAGUUGUAAUUGAUUCAAAUUUAUUUGAGCAAUAAAAAAAAGCGAUUGGCAGGUAUUGCUAAAGUAUUUUGUGAAAGCUGUAUUUAAUAGAAAUACUAGGGCUAUAACAUAGUACCGUUGGGAUUAAGUCAUUUUCCCAAUCUAUCGCUAGUUUGAUGAAAAGCCAACUCUUCUGCUGUAUGUCAAAUUUUAGGCAGGGGACACUGUUGCAACAACACAUUUAUUUGGAUCAUAUUUGUAAUUUGGGGUCAUAAAAGUUUGCAAUAGAGUAAAUGCAAGAGUGACUGUUGCUUUGUGCCUCGGGUAUUUACUUUGUUUCAGUAAAGUUACUUUAUUACUGUUUAUGAGUUCAGAUAAAAUAGUUGUUGAGCAAAGUUUACAUGUAAUUAACAAUUGGCUUUAAAAACAUUAACCUGUUUGUAUAUUGUCAGAUCAGAUGAAUAUGAAACAGCUGGAAUUAUACCAAUUUUUAUUUUGUUUAAAGCUCAGUUUCCUUUUUUAUUAAAUUUUAUGUGUAUUGGGUUUGCAGCAUGAACUUGCACAGAUACUGCACGAUUUCUGGUUAAGUAAACAUGAUGCACACUGUUCUGUAACAGAAAACCCUAUUGUGCCUUACCUCUGUGCUUUUGUGGGCACCAUGUUUAUGAAGAAUUAAAAAAGAUUUGUUAUCUGAAGAGAAUAAAUUUUAAAAUCUCAGUUUCUGUCUCAGAUGCUAAAGUGUGUAACUAUAAAUACAUAAUAUAUAAUAUAAUUAAUCUUUCUGUA